ACCUUAUCCCGAACCCUCCCGCAGUCCCUUAAUCCCACCCGGCAUGGCUGCUCCCUGUAGGUCCCUGACCCUCUAAUAACCCCCUCCCGCCCCGGGCACAUUUUUCCUUCUCCCGGUUCGGACCCGGGUCUGCUGGCCGGAGGAUGGACGAAGAUGGACCGAGAGCAGCCGAGGAGCAGGACCCAGAGCCGGGCAAAUCCAAGACUUUCAUCCGCCUUAAUGACCUGUCCGGGAAUGGAGGUCGCUCGGGUCCAGGGGACAAGGACGCAGGAAGUGGGGACUCGGAGGUGGAGGGGCUCCCCUACCCGGCUCUGGCCCCGGUCGUCUUCUUUUAUCUGAGCCAGGAGAGCAGACCCAGGAGCUGGUGCCUUCGGGUGGUGUGCAACCCCUGGUUCGAAAGGCUCAGCAUGCUGGUGAUUCUCCUCAACUGUGUGACGCUGGGCAUGUUCCACCCCUGUGAAGACAUGGCCUGUGAUUCUCCGCGCUGCAGGAUUCUCCAGAGCUUUGAUGACUUCAUCUUUGCCUUCUUUGCCGUGGAGAUGAUAGUCAAGAUGAUUGCACUAGGGAUUUUCGGGAAGAAGUGCUACCUGGGAGAUACGUGGAAUCGCCUGGAUUUUUUCAUUGUCAUAGCCGGCAUGCUGGAAUACUCCCUGGACUUGCAGAAUGUCAGUUUCUCAGCUGUUCGGACUGUCCGAGUACUUCGGCCACUCAGAGCCAUUAACAGAGUUCCCAGUAUGCGCAUCCUGGUCACGCUGCUCUUGGACACACUGCCCAUGCUGGGGAACGUCCUCCUCCUCUGUUUCUUUGUCUUCUUUAUCUUUGGCAUCGUGGGAGUCCAGCUGUGGGCAGGGUUGCUCAGGAACCGCUGCUUCCUACCUGAGAACUUCAGUCUGCCCUACACGGUAGAGUUGGAAAGAUACUAUCAGACCGAGAAUGAGGAUGAAAAUCCCUUCAUCUGCUCCCAGCCUCGGGAGAAUGGAAUGCGUUACUGCCGCAGUAUCCCGACACGGAGGGAAGAAGGCCUGGAGUGCACCCUGGACUUUUACGCCUAUAACGACACCACUAACACCUCCUGCGUCAAUUGGAACCAGUAUUACACCAACUGUUCUGCUGGGGAACACAACCCCUUCAAAGGAGCAAUCAACUUUGACAACAUCGGAUAUGCAUGGAUCGCAAUAUUUCAGGUCAUCACGCUGGAGGGCUGGGUGGACAUCAUGUACUUCGUCAUGGAUGCUCACUCCUUCUACAAUUUCAUCUACUUCAUCCUUCUGAUCAUCGUGGGCUCCUUCUUCAUGAUCAACCUCUGCUUAGUAGUCAUCGCCACCCAGUUCUCUGAGACUAAGCAGCGAGAGAGCCAGCUGAUGAAAGAGCAGCGGGUCCGUUACCUAUCCAAUGCCAGUACGCUGGCCAGUUUUUCGGAGCCGGGUAGCUGCUAUGAUGAACUUCUCAAAUAUCUGGUUUAUGUUGCCCGUAAGGCCAGCAAACAGGUGGUCAAAGGCUAUAGAGAGGCAGGGUUCAAAAUGGGUCUCCUCUCCAGCCCGAGGAAUAAGAGUGGGGCCGAGAGGCAGCCAUGCAAACAUCGGCAGAGGAAAAGGUCAUCAGUGCAUCAUCUGAUUCACCAUCACCACCACCACCACCACCACUACCACCUGGGUAAUGGGAACCUGCGGGCACCACGCGCCAGCCCUGAGAUCAGCGAUGUGGAAACCAGCUCACUCCACAAUGGCACCAAAAGGCUCAUGCUCCCUCCCACAACAUCUAAUCCCCAUGCUGCCCCCAAUGCUGCUGCCAGCAACACAGAGUCCGUGCACAGCAUCUACCAUGCAGAUUGCCACUUUGAGCCCAUCCACUGCAGGUCAUCCCUCCCUCAGCCUGGCUUGAGUUUACCAAGCCCAGAGGGGCUCCCCAAGAAUGUGGUUGGCAGGAAGGUCUAUCCCACCGUACACCCAAGCACCUCCCAUGAGAUGGUGAAAGAGAAAAACGUAGCAGAUUCUACAGUGAACCCUGGAGCCAGCACGCUAACCAACCUUAAUAUCCCUCCUGGGCCGUACAGCACCAUGCACAAGCUCCUGGAGACCCAGAGUACUGGUGCCUGUCAAAGUUCUUGCAAGAUUUCUAGCCAGUGUGGCAAACUGGACAGUGGUUCCUGCAACCCAGACAGCUGCCCCUACUGCAUCAAGACUCUGGCUCGUGACCUGGAGCUCACGGACAAUGAGACGGCGGACUCGGACAGCGAGGGAGUGUAUGAAUUCACCCAGGACGCCCACUACAGCGACCAGAGGGACCCUCAGCGAGGGAAAACCAGGGGCAGGAAAACCAGCCAAAUCCUGGCUUUCUGGAAAGUGGUUUGUGAGACAUUCCGGAAGAUCGUGGACAGCAAGUACUUUGGCCGGGGGAUCAUGAUUGCCAUUCUGAUCAACACCCUCAGCAUGGGGAUUGAGUACCACGAGCAGCCUGAGGAACUCACCAAUGCCUUGGAGAUCAGCAAUAUUGUCUUCACAAGCCUCUUUGCCCUGGAGAUGCUGCUGAAAGUCCUCGUGUAUGGUCCAUUUGGCUACAUCAAAAAUCCAUACAACAUCUUUGAUGGGAUCAUUGUAGUGAUCAGCGUCUGGGAGAUAGUGGGACAGCAAGGCGGGGGCCUGUCAGUUCUGCGGACGUUCCGUCUCAUGCGAGUCCUGAAGCUGGUCCGCUUCAUGCCUGCCCUCCAGCGCCAGCUAGUGGUCCUUAUGAAGACCAUGGACAAUGUGGCCACCUUCUGCAUGUUACUGAUGCUUUUCAUCUUCAUCUUUAGUAUCCUGGGGAUGCAUCUCUUCGGCUGUAAGUUUGCUUCGGAGCGAGAUGGAGACACCCUGCCGGACAGGAAGAAUUUUGACUCCUUGCUGUGGGCCAUCGUCACGGUUUUCCAGAUUCUGACUCAAGAAGACUGGAACAAGGUCCUCUACAACGGCAUGGCAUCUACCUCUUCCUGGGCUGCUCUCUACUUCAUCGCCCUUAUGACGUUUGGGAAUUACGUUCUCUUUAAUCUAUUGGUGGCCAUCCUGGUGGAAGGUUUCCAGACUGAGGGAGAUGCUUCUAAGUCUGAUUCUGAGGGGGAUCUUUUCCCUCAUAGCCUGGAAGAAGAGGGUGGACUUAAGAAAAACUUGUCAAACCCAGCCUUGAUGGUACUGAGCGACCUCCCAGAGCUGAAGAAGAGUCUGACCCCGCCCCUCAUCAUCCACACAGCUGCCACCCCAAUGCCAAUGCCAAAAAGUGCUGUGUUCGGAGAUGCAGCUCGGGGCUAUGAAUCUCGCAGGGCCAGCAGUGUCUCCAUGGAUCCCAAUGCCUAUGAACUCAAAUCACCGUCCAGCAUACAGAGCUCCCCCCACAGCCCUUGGAGCGCAGCCAGCAGCUGGAAUAGUCGCCGGUCAAGCUGGAAUAGCCUGGGGCGGGCUCCCAGCCUGAAACGCCGGAGCCAGAGUGGGGAGCGCAAGUCCCUCUUGUCUGGGAACGGGAAGGAGAGUUCGGAGGAAGGGGAAAGCUCGGACGAGGAGAGGUCCAGCCGGGCUGGGAGCGUCAAUGGCUCUUUACCUCACCGCAUGGCGUCGCUGGAAACUAAAGGCUCGUUCGAUCUCCAAGAUACCUUGCAGGUGCCUUCCCUGUACCGAACCAGCAGCAUGCACAGCAGCCGGACCACUGCAUCAGAGCAUCAAGACUGCAAUGGGAAAACCUCUCCAGGAGUCUUGUUACAGCAGCUCCAGAUGGAUGAUGAUGACGCUGAUGAUGAAGGCAACCUGAGCAAAAGCGAGCGUAUGAAGGCUUGGAUAAGGGCACACCUACCUUCCUGGUGCAAAGAAAGGGAUUCCUGGUCUAUCUACAUCUUUGCUCCUCACUCUAAAUUCCGUCUGAUGUGCAAUAAAAUCAUCACUCACAAGAUGUUUGAUCAUAUCGUCUUGGUUAUUAUUUUCCUGAACUGCAUUACCAUUGCCAUGGAACGGCCAAAAAUUGAGCCCCACAGUGCUGAACGAAUUUUCCUAACGCUGUCCAACUACAUCUUCACGGUAAUCUUCCUGGCUGAGAUGACAGUUAAGGUGGUGGCGCUCGGCUUGUGCUUUGGGGAGAAGGCCUACCUGAAGAGCAGUUGGAAUGUGCUCGAUGGGGUGUUGGUUCUCAUCUCGGUCAUUGACAUCCUGGUUUCAUUGGUAUCGGACAGCGGCACUAAAAUUCUUGGAAUGCUGAGGGUCUUGAGGCUGCUGCGAACGCUCAGGCCAUUAAGGGUCAUUAGUCGAGCACAAGGACUGAAGCUGGUGGUGGAAACCCUGAUGUCAUCCCUGAAGCCUAUUGGGAACAUUGUGGUCAUCUGUUGCGCGUUCUUCAUCAUCUUUGGAAUCUUGGGAGUCCAGCUUUUCAAAGGGAAGUUUUUUGUCUGCCAAGGGGAGGAUACCAGAAACAUCACAAACAAAUCAGACUGUGCAGAAGCCAGCUACAAAUGGGUCCGGCACAAGUAUAAUUUUGAUAAUCUCGGCCAGGCCCUGAUGUCUCUGUUUGUUCUGGCCUCCAAAGAUGGGUGGGUGGACAUCAUGUAUGAUGGCCUCGAUGCUGUAGGAGUUGACCAGCAGCCAGUUAUGAACUAUAACCCUUGGAUGCUCCUCUACUUCAUCUCCUUCCUGCUGAUUGUGGCCUUCUUCGUCCUCAACAUGUUCGUGGGGGUCGUGGUGGAGAAUUUCCACAAGUGUCGGCAGCACCAGGAGGAGGAAGAAGCCAAGAGACGGGAGGAGAAGAGACUUCGCCGGCUGGAGAAAAAGAGAAGGAGUAAGGAGAAACAAAUGGCUGAUCUAAUGCUGGAUGAUGUAAUAAUGGAGAGCUCAGCCAGUGCAGUGCAAGAAGCCCAGUGUAAACCCUACUAUUCCGAUUACUCUCGCUUCCGGCUCCUGAUCCACCAGAUGUGCACGAGCCAUUACCUGGAUUUGUUCAUCACUGGAGUGAUCGGCCUAAAUGUGAUCACCAUGGCCAUGGAGCACUACCAGCAGCCGAAGGUUCUUGAUGAGGCACUGAAGAUCUGCAAUUACAUCUUCACUGUCAUCUUUGUCUUGGAAUCUGUUUUCAAGCUGAUUGCCUUUGGGUUUCGCCGGUUCUUUCAAGACAGAUGGAACCAAUUAGACCUGGCAAUAGUGCUGCUGUCUAUCAUGGGUAUCACUUUGGAAGAGAUUGAGGUGAAUGCAUCGUUGCCCAUUAACCCCACCAUUAUCCGGAUAAUGAGGGUGCUAAGGAUUGCUCGAGUGUUAAAGUUACUGAAGAUGGCUGUAGGGAUGAGAGCCCUGCUGGACACAGUCAUGCAAGCACUGCCUCAGGUGGGGAAUCUCGGUCUUCUCUUCAUGUUGUUGUUUUUCAUAUUUGCAGCUCUUGGAGUGGAGCUAUUUGGCGACCUUGAAUGCGAUGACACUCACCACUGUGAGGGGCUAGGGCGGCACGCCACUUUUAGAAACUUUGGGAUGGCCUUUUUAACUCUCUUCCGGGUCUCAACAGGAGACAAUUGGAAUGGGAUAAUGAAGGACACAUUGCGUGACUGCGACCCGGAGUCCACUUGUUACAACACAGUCAUCUCGCCCAUGUACUUUGUCUCCUUUGUGUUGACGGCCCAGUUCGUCCUGGUGAACGUGGUGAUUGCAGUGCUCAUGAAGCACCUGGAAGAGAGCAACAAGGAAGCCAAAGAGGAAGCAGAGCUGGAAGCGGAGCUGGAGAUGGAAAUGAAAACUAUCACCCCAGGCCCAAUCCCAGCCUCGGACCUCUUUGCAUGGACAGGCGGUAAUGGUGGAGAAAGACCUGAGAGCCCCAGAGGAUGUACCAAUCCCAUGCAAUUCAAGGUGGAUUCUCAGCUCUCAUUAUUUUAUCCUAUGGAAAGACACUUGUUUGAUACCAUAUCACUGCUGAUCCAGGAAUCUCUGGAAGGAGAGUUGAAGCUGAUGGACAACCUGUCAGGCUCUGUGUGCCAUCAUUAUGCCCUUCCAGCUCCUGAAUAUUACAACUCUGAGAAACAGAUCCCUCUAGCUGAGAUGGAGGCUCUGUCUCUGACGUCAGAUAUUCUCUCUGAAAAGUCCUGGUCCUUAGCUCUGACGGAUGACUCUUUUCCUGAUGAUACUAACACACUCUUACUUAAUGCUCUGGAAAGCAAUACUGAUCACCUCUCCAAAGAUGACACUCUGACACUGUCCCCCAGCAAGGACUUGCUGAGUGUGAGAAAGCCUUCCGUAGGUCGCACCCACUCUUUGCCAAAUGACAGCUACAUGUUCCAGCCUCCAUACGCUGGCUCCUGUGCCAACUCCCAGGCCGAGAGGAACGCAUCUCAUCAGAAAUCGCAGUCAGGUUCAACGGCCUCCGUGCAAUCGCAGCCUGCUGACACCAGUUCUCUCCUGCAAAUCCCUAAAGAUCAUUUUCACCACAUAAGACCUCAUGGCAAUUUGGACUGGGAAAGCAAAUCCAAGAUCCCCCCAACUGUGCAUUCUCCCUCUGCAGAGAGAUUACUUCGUAGGCAGGUGGCAAUAAGGAAUGACUCCUUGGACAUGUAUUGCUCUGAAAGCAAAGAGAAUUUGCAUGCUGAGGUGAAUGAACUCUCUGAUACAAAUGUGCCAGCUGGAUCCACAGAGGACCCGUCAGAAGCAAGUGAAUCGGCCUGCUGGGGCCGAUCAAGUGUUCGCACUCAGCAUUCCCACAAUCGGUAUAAUAUAUCCAAGCACACACCAGCUUUGUGUGCAUGUACAGGCUCAUAUCAAGAGACACUUAGAGACUCGAUGGACCAAGAAGUAUCUGAAAUAAACAGCUCUUUGGAGCCUUUCACUUCAGGAACUUGUACAGCCUUGAGUGCCUGUUCAGUGGUUCCACCUCUAACUCCUAAGAGGAACAUAGGCAAUAGCAGCAAUGUUACUUUGAAGGACCUGAAGAAAUACUACAGUGUAGAUACCCAGGGUCUUCUCAGAAAACCGUCAUCUUGGUUAGAUGAUCAAAGGAGACAUUCAAUAGAAAUUUGUUCCAUGCAAAACAGCCCUCAGCACCAUUCCACAUCUAGCUCUUCUGGCUUCAUAAGUCAGGUCUUAAGUGAAAUGGAAGGCUUGCAAGGAGCCCGGCAGAAGAAAAAACUGAGCCCCCCGUGUAUAUCUAUAGAUCCACCAGAUGGACAAAGUUUGUUACCUAGAGGAUCUCAUGGUAUUUCACCUCCCAGUGCAGACAUUUGCUUGCGAAGGCGUGCGCCAUCUUGUGAUUCCAAGGACUCAAUGGAUAUAGGAGAUUCGCUGCUUCCAGACAGUAUGUCAACAUCUCCUACCCCAAAGACAGACUUGUUGACACUUCCUAGUUUUUCCUUUGAUCGAGCAGAAAUGGACCCCUGAAUGAUAUUUCUGUUGGUGCCAAAUGUUUUCUUCCUUUCGUGUAAUAAAAAAAAUACAAAUUAAAAACAAACAAAAAAACCCUCUGUAUUUUCAAAUGGCACUGAGUAAAAAUUUCCAAAGAAAGUUGAAAGAACCAGCUGGUUAAAGAGUGGUUAAUCUAUAUCACGCUUACUUAAGCAUAUGUUCUGCUUAGGUAAAAGCAAUACAUUGUGCAGAAUCUAUAUGUAUAUUAUAUUUUAUUAAAUUAAUUGACUCUA